AUGCCCUCAGCGCACCCAUCAAUCGGCUUCCAGGCCGUGAUCCUAUGCGGUCCCGGCACCUCGCUCUACCCAUUCACAGGCGCCGAGGACCUCCCAAAGGCUCUGCUACCCAUCGCGAACAAGCCCAUGCUGCAUUACCCACUCGAGUGGUGCGAGAAGGCCGGUUUUGAGUCAAUCCUUAUCCUGACGCUGAGCGAGCACCACACCGCAAUCCAGUCCUACAUGCGCUCCCACAGGUUGCAGAAAUCGUCAAUCUACAUCCAAGUCGAGCCGGCCUCGUCCCUCAAUGACAACCUCGGAACAGCGGACGUGCUCCGUAUCGCCUACCGGAAGGGCUGGAUCAAGAGCGACUUUGCCGUGCUGCCGUGCGACCUUGUGACGAACCUUGAUGCCCAGGAGGUCGCCCAGCUAUGGAUGGUUGAGCAGGCGGGUUUUGACGGGGAUAUGGGGCAGCGGUCGCGGCGGAGCCAGAAGGGCGGUGAUGGGGAUGAAGGUCGGCGGGGCGGGCUCGGAGUGUGGUAUGAGACGAGGGGAGAGGGUGCGGUGAAAGGGCAGGAAACAGACUUUUUGGCAGUGGAUGGCGCAGUGAAGGGGGAGGGCACGGCAGGUGGUGUGACGCAGUUGUUGUUUACGCUGCCCGGUGACUCGUUGAGAGGUGGGGGGGAGAAUGCGAGUAUAGAGCUGAGGGGGGGAUUGUUGAGGAAGCAUCCGAAUCUGCAGCUGCUGGCGACGAGGAGGGAUAGUGGAAUCUACUUCUUUCCGUAUUGGGUGCUGAAGUUUAUCGAUAGAAACCCAAAGCUGAACUCUAUCAGGGAGGAUGUGUUGCCGUGGUGGUCAAAGGCGUGUUGGCAGAACCAGAGGCUGGCACGGAAACUCGGGCUGCUAGAGAUCCUGGAGGGGAGUGCAGAAGGUGGCGACGAUGACAGCGAAGAUGGCAGCGGCGAGAGGUACCAAGUGGGUGCUAUGAGCUCCACAAGGAGACGGAGCUUUUCGAACAAGACAAGUGAGGCGGAGCGGGUGUUCGCGUCCAGGGUUCCAACGACCUCGGGGGAGGCGGCUGCGAUUGCGACUGCAAGCUUACAGGGGAAGAAGAACGGGGAUGUCCAGAUCCCGUCGAUUACGGCGUAUCUACCAUCUGCGGCGACGGGCUUCACGAGACGGGUGGAUACAGUGCAUUUGUAUCUUUUCACAUCACUGUAUCUGGCGAAGUCUGACCCCUCUGUUCCUUCCACAAUGAUCAAGAUUGAUCCUUCGUCGUCGAUUGACCCGAAGGCGAAAGUCACGAGCUUCGACUGCCUCGUUGCAGACAAGGUUUCUAUUGGAGAAAGAGCCCUCAUCAAGCGCUCAGUUCUAGGUAGCGGUGUAAGCAUUGGUAAGAACGUGCGGCUGACAGGAUGCGUCCUCAUGGACGGCGCAAGCGUUGGUGAAGGGGCCAAACUAGAGGGAUGCACAAUCGGGCGAAAAGCCAUCGUAGGUGUCAAGGCAAACCUGAAAGACUGCGAGGUAGCAGAGGGAUAUGUCGUCGAGGAGGGUGCGGAAGCUAAGAACGAGCGAUUCGUCGCAUUUACCGGUCUCGACGGAAAUUAUGCAUCAGACGCGUCCGGCCUCGGCUCCGACGGGGACUAUGACGACGAUGAAGAGUCGGAGGAAGGUAACGAUGCGCCAAGGGGAAAAGACGACGAUGAAGAAGAUGAAGAAUCAGAGGAUGAAGAGGAGGAGGAGGAGCCCGAGAAAGAGAAGAAGACACUACCCGCGGAGCCCAAAGCAACACCUACUGCGCCUGCACCGCCUCCCCCCACACCAAUCGCAACUCCAGCACCUGCGAAGGUUGCCGAGGCGAAGGCGGUCGAUAUCGUGGAGGCUGCUGAGAUUGUAAAAGCCACCGAGAGCACCGCUGAUUCAUGA